AUGAGUGAUAGUGACACUGAGCUGGGGAGCAACCAGUCUAGAUUAGGAGAUGACCAUGUGAAAUCAGACAAGACCUGCCUCAAGGAUGAUGGCCAUAGUGAAUUGGAUGAAGUCUAUGAGAGUGAUGAACAUGUGGAAAACCCAAAGUUUCCUCAAAAGGCACCAAAGGAAGGAACAAAGAGGGCAGGGCAAUCCCACACUGAUUCAACAAGACACCACACCCAAGUAAACCAUCAAGUCAAGGAACCGAAAUCUAUCAGAAGGAUUCACUUGCAUAUGCCCCUGAAGAAUAGUUCCAUGGGUAAUCCUGUGAUCGAUGAAGGUCAUCUUCAUACUGGUCAUCACAGCAACAACGUCUCUGAUGAAGAUGAGAGCAACAGUGACGAUCAGUGCAGCACGAGUCAUGCAAGUGGAGACAAAACUGACGAUGCAUCAAAAUCUACCGCAACUCUAGCCAAAGGCACAUCUUUAUUCUUACCCUCAUCAUGUCCCCUUCCAAAAAAAACUGGGCCCCUUAUUGAGAAUGAGCUUGAGCACAGUAGCAAAGGUUUGAAAAAGCACUAUGACAAACAUGCUGGUGCAAGAUGA